CCGUUAUCCCCGAUCAUCGACCGUAUUAUAAAAGCUAUGUAUGCCCUUCUCUUAAAGACAGUUUUGGUGAAGAUGAACAACGACGGACUGCUGCGAAUAAAGUGUGCAAAAUGGAUGACACUGACAAUGAUGACAAUCAUCGUCGUCGUCGUCGACGCGUCUAUUCUCGAACAUGGAAUCAGAGAAUAUGUGGAUAGUAAUAUCACAUACACACUCAGUGAAGGCAAAAAGGAAUCAAAGGAUCUUGAUAAACGAAUCACCUAUGAAGGGGAUCAAGUAUGGAGGAUCCACAAAGAAAAUAGUUCUGUGGACGAAUUGGUGCAACGUUACGACGAAUAUGGUUCAUAUUCUAUAUGGUCUAAUAAUGUAUCGGCCUCUGAUAUUUUUGUGCAAAGAAAUAUGGUUGAUAAUAUAGGCUCAUUAUUCAAAAGCUACAAUGUGAAAUAUGAAAUUUUGAUCGACGAUGUAGAGAGAGCAAUAAAGGAAGAAAACCCUCCUCUUUCGCAAGAAGCUCAAGAGGAACUCGAAGGACGCAAAGGUCAUCGAAUGGAGUGGACGACGUAUCAUCCAUUGAUUGAUAUAUAUGGUUAUUUGGAUUUUCUCGCUCAAACUUAUCCUGAAUUUUGCUCCGUUCAGACGAUUGGAAAUUCAAUCGAAGGUCGGCCCCUUAAGGUCCUAAGAAUUAGCAACGGUAACCCGAAUGCGCCAGCAAUCUGGAUCGAUGGUGGCAUUCACGCCCGUGAAUGGAUAUCACCGGCAUCUGUGACAUAUAUUAUCGAUUAUUUGGUGGAAAACUGGAGUCAAACCAUGGAAACUGAAUAUUAUAUUCUUCCUGUUGUUAAUCCAGACGGAUAUGUAUAUAGUCAGACGGUUGAUCGUUUAUGGAGGAAAAAUAGAAGGAAAGCGGGCUACGGCGUAGGGUGCUCUGGUGUUGACUUAAAUCGCAACUUUGGAUAUCGAUGGGGCGGCAAGGGUACGAGCAAAGAUAUUUGCCGUGAAACAUAUUCUGGUACUAAACCUUUCUCCGAACCAGAAACAAGUGCCAUUCGAAACUUUUUUGAAAUCAGCUCAGCAAAUUUCAAGGCGUAUUUGACUUUUCAUUCUUAUGGCCAAUAUAUUUUAUAUCCAUGGGGCUAUGAUACACGUCUUCCACCCGAUUACGUUGAUCUUGAUAAGGUCGGUCGUCAAGCAGCAACGGCUAUGAAAAAGGCAGGAGGUGCUGGCAGUGUCUAUACAGUUGGAAACAGCGCAACAACACUUUAUCCAGCUAGCGGAGGAUCUGAUGACUGGGCAAAGGCACUGCUAAAGCUAAAAUACACAUAUACAGUUGAAUUAAGAGACACUGGAAAAUACGGAUUUAUCCUCCCUGCGCGUUACAUUAUACCUACGGCAAAGGAGGCGCUUGCUGUGGUAGAAGUAGUUACGGAAGCUUGCAAAGCGGCGUAAUUAAUAAUCGAAUUAUUAAUUAAGGAUGUAAAAUUAAUUGAAGA